AUGCAUUUUAACCUAAAUGUUAAGGUAAAAUCCUUAUAAUAAUAGUCAAAUUUAGCGAAUCACUCCCUUCAUGUAAAAAUAGAGAAAUUCGACAAAUUAGAGCUAAUUAGCCAAGCUUAAACAGGGGAUGAUGAUCUUUAUCUCUACAGUAACGCAACAGAUUCUGAUUUUGAAGAUGGAAAAAGCUCUGACAUAAGAGAACUUGAUGAGAGCUCAAAAUCUCCGAGUUUUAAUAGAAAGGAAGAAACUCUUUACCCACCCUAAAAGUAAGCUAAGCCAAUGGGAAUGAGUUCAUUCGCACCAAGAGCCUCUUUUGAGCUGCUAUCCCCUAAGACUAAAAAUAUAACACAGCAGAAGCAAUCCAUUGAAGUUGAUCUAGAUAAAAUGACGGAUUAAAAAUUUAAGGCUAUUGGUUAGAAAAGGCAUAAAAUGCGCAGGACUGAUAGUAAGAUGAAGAUGAAUUAUGUCCUUUACUCUAAAGCUUAGCAUUCCAUCCUCAAAGACUAUGAAAUUGGAGAAGUAUGUUCUUAGGGCAAUACAGGAGAAACUUGA